CAAUUAUAUCAUCAUCGUCGAGAACAAUGGAAGUUAAGCCUUGAUCUGACUAUUAAUGAUGAUUCUUUUGAAACUCUUCGACCAACCUUAUUGUCAUGGAACGAUUAUAAAGAUGAUUGCAAAUUAAUAAUAGAUGAAGGUAAGUAUCAUAGUGAUGAGGUAUCAGAGACCGAUGAAGAACUAGCAAAUGAAGAAAUUGCGGAAAAUAUCUGA